AUGCUUCCCUUCCGAAAAGCCUUGGUCGCGGCUGUGCUGCUGAUCGCCUUAGUCGUCAUCCUCCGCUCGUCGCACUCUACCGCUGCCGCCGCUCCCAAUACCGCCUCCACCGCGAAAUCCGACGACGCAAUCGACGACACUGCAAUCCGGGCACCUCCGCAAUCGCGUGCAGACAAGGCGGGCCAUGUCUCUCAGAUCUCGCUAGAGUCUCUCGCCGAUCGGCCCCUGCGAGAACGACUGCGCUACCAGUUUCCCUACGACGUCGAGAGCAAGUUCCCCGCCUACAUCUGGCAGACAUGGAAAUACACCCCGGCAUCGGGCAACUUCGAUGAGAAACUGCGGCCCCUCGAGGCCAGCUGGACGGAACUCCAUCCCGGAUUCGUCCACGAGGUGGUGACGGACGACAUCGCAAAGCAUCUGAUCCGGUAUCUGUACGGGGGGAUUCCGGAGGUGGUCGAGGCGUUCGAAGCGCUGCCCCUGCCCGUCCUCAAGGCGGACUUCUUCCGGUAUCUGAUUCUGCUGGCCCGCGGGGGGAUCUACGCGGAUAUCGACACUCAGGCGUUGCAGCCGGCGACCCACUGGCUGCCCGACGACAUGGACCGACUGUCGGUAGGGCUGAUCAUCGGCAUCGAGGCGGACCCUGACCGGCCGGAUUGGCACGACUGGUACUCGAGAAGGAUCCAGUUUUGCCAGUGGACGAUCCAGGCGAAACCGGGCCAUCCCGUGCUGCGCGACGUGGUCGCCACCAUCACCGAGGACGCCCUGCGCAUGAAGAAGGCGGGCAUCCUCACCAAGUCCAAGAUGGACAAGACGGUCGUGGAAUUCACCGGUCCGGCCGUCUGGACAGAUGCCAUCUUCCGCUACUUCAACAAUCCGGAAUACUUCCACUUCGAGGCGGGGGCCCGCAACGUCACGUACGAGAAUUUCACCGGGCUCACGGAGCGGAAGAAGGUGGGCGAUGUCGCCGUGUUGCCCAUCACCAGCUUCAGUCCGGGGGUUCAGCAGAUG